AUGCCCAGCGAGAUCUCAUUACGGGAAAGCUGCCAAAGAAACGUCACACCAGCAUACACGUGCUAUUUCUCCAAAAUGAUCAUGCAAAUCAUCCAACCGAGUUUGAUGCGCGACGCGUACGACACGACCGGGGUGCCCAAACCGCCGCCGCCGAAGCCCCGUUAA